AUGGGUUCUCCCAUUAGUCCUGUUUUAGCCGACCUGGUUAUGGAAGAAAUUGAGGAAACGGCGAUCUCCACGUUCCCGUACCCUCCCAAAUGGUGGUUUAGGUAUGUUGACGAUAGUCAUUCUUAUAUCAAAAAGGAUCAAGUUGACAAUUUCCACAAACAUUUGAACUCAAUUAACCCGAACAUGCAGUUUACUUUAGAAUUAGAAAACACCAACGGACAAGGCUUGCCUUUUAUAGACACCAUACCAAUUAGACGCGACACAAAAAUUCAGGUGGAUGUUUACAGAAAACCGACACAUACCGACCGUUAUCUCGAUUUCUUUUCCUGUCAUCCUAUGUGCCAUAAAAGAUCCGUUGUCAACACCUUACUGAAAAGAGCAAACAACAUUCCAUCUACCAAUAAAGGCAGACGUCGGGAAGAAAUACAACGAGUUAAGACCGUUCUGCGAGAUAACAAUUAUCCAAUGACUUUUAUACGGAACUGUGAGAGAGAGUUAUUUAAACAACCCGCCCAGACCAAUUUCAAUGGCUUUGUAGUGCUGCCUAGAAAAAAAUCAGGCGUUUGUGAUAAAGCUAAAGGAACAAACACGUCGAAAGAAGAAAGCAAAAAUACAGGGAAAAGUCCUAAAAAGCCGAGGCGUCUAGUAAAGAGAUUCGGAGAAAUGUCUGAAGAAGAUGUGUUGAAACUAAAGCAUCCAGAGCAUCUAGACUACAAUCUGGAUAUUCUUUUUGUUGGAAUUAAUCCCGGCUUGAUGCCGGCCUACAAAGGACACCCCUAUGCAGGGGCAAAUAAUCACUUCUGGCCUUGUUUGUAUGAAUCAGGGCUGGUUCCUGAGAGGCUUACAUACCUGGAUGAUGUAAGAUGUCCAUCAUAUGGAAUAGGAUUAACAAAUAUGGUGGAGCGGACAAGGGGAAGUGCAGACCUCUCCAGACAGGAAAUGAGAGAUGGAAAAGGUGAGCUCAUACGGAAAGUGGAGCUGUACAAGCCAUUAAUAGUCUGUUUUAAUGGAAAAGUUAUAUACGAGUUAUUUUCUGGAUCCAAGUGCACAGUUGGCCGACAGAAAGAUCCUAUACCAGGAACUAAUACGACUUUGAUAAGAUUUGCUUCUACUUCAUCAGUGCUGGAUUGCCUCUCUAAAUUGCUUGGAAUUAAUAGAGAAAAUUUGGAGGAGAAAUUAGUCAGUGUCUUCGUGGAAACUCGCCGAGGCGGAAGAGUUGAAAUAACAAAGAAAACCAACAACAAAUGUCAGGCGGUGGCGGCCCGUGAUACUCUGUCUAAAGCCUUAUACUCACAUUUGUUUGAUUACCUUGUCCAGGUUAUCAAUGGUGCACUGAAGAAAUAUAAGGACUAUUUAUCCAUCGGAAUACUGGACAUUUAUGGAUUUGAAUCGUUCAAAGAAAAUAGCUUUGAUCAAUUUGCCAUCAACUACAUGAACGAGAAACUUCAUCAAGUUUGUGUGGGAUUUACAUUCACAAUUGAACAGGAAGAAUAUAUCAGAGAGGGUAUUACCUGGAAAACUGUGGAUUACUUCAAUAAUAAGAUAGUCUGUGAACUCAUCGAAAGUAAGCGCCCUUCGGGAAUCAUGUCAGCCCUAGAUGAAGUAUGCUGCUCUGUAAAAAGUAAAAAAGAGGGACUCGAGAGGACUUUAAUACAGGUUAAACGGAAAUUGCCUAAACCUAGUUUUAUCACAUAG